AUGUGUGUGUGUAGGAGAGGUCGCAGUGGGGAUGAAGAAGACGAUGGUGACGUGGAGGAAAGUGCGCCGUCUGAUUUUGCGAGGAGGAAGAUGGAGAGCGAAAAGACGAAAAGGGGCACCGAGCGGGAAAGAGAAAAGCUGGAAAAUUUGUACACGAGGGAGUACCUUCGCAAACCAACGCCAAGAGACCUGCAACGGCUUCUACAAAAAGGCGAGGCCCGAGGUUUCCCAGGAAUGAUUGGAAGCAUCGAUUGUAUGCACUGGCAGUGGAAGAACUGUCCUACUGCUUGGCAAGGGGAGUACGGGAAUCGGAAGGGCCAAAAAAGUAUAAUUUUGGAGGCCGUAGCUUCAUUCGAUUGUUGGGUUUGGCAUGCCUUCUUCGGGGUUGCCGGUUCUCAGAAUGACCUCAAUGUCCUUGGUCAAUCCCCAGUGUUCGAUGAGGUACUGCGAGGUCAUUCCCCCCAGGUCACGUACCAAAUCAACAAUACCGUUUACUCUGGUGCGUACUACCUUUCCGACGGAAUUUAUCCUAGGUGGACGACAUUCGUGAAAACAGUUCCGAAUCCCCAAUCCGAGAAGGAAAGAAACUUUGCUUCCUUUCAAGAAGGUUACAGGAAAGACGUGGAGAGGUGUUUCGGUAUCUUGCAAGCUCGUUGGGCAAUUAUUAGAGGUGCUGCUCGGAUGCUAAAUGAGGAGGAUGAGUAUGACUAUGAUGCUCAAGAGGUGUUUGAACCCGAUCCAAUGAACACAUCGUUGACAAGAAUAUAUGAAAGGCCGAUUGGACCAAAUGGACUACCACUGGAGCCCGAACCCAUACUUCGGGAUGGUCAAUUCAACAACCCCAUGAUUGAUCGGUAUCAAGAAAUGCAAUCUUCAUAUGUUCACGAGAUACGUCAACGUGACUUGAUCGAGCACUUGUGGGAGAUGAAAGGCAAUCACAAUGGAUGA